UUGCUGUUUAACUCAAAGCACCUAAAAUGAAACAUACAUACGAUUUCAAUUCUAAUCGAGAAGAUAAGAAACGGCCGAGUACCGAUUACAAUGGAACCAAAAAAUAUUCGAUGGAUGAAGCGAUUUAUCUCACAGGAAAAGGACGCUUCAAUAUACUCAUCAUAUUGCUCAGUGGUUUAGUGUUAAUGGGUGCGACAAUUGAGAAUAUUAGUAUAGCUUUUGUUCUUCCGUAUGCAAAUUGUGAUUUAAAUAUGACAACCAGUGAAACCGGGCUGGCCUCGUCGAUUGCAUUUCUUGGAUUUGUGGUCAGUUCCCACCUUUGGGGCUUCAUAUGUGAUACGGCAGGAAGAAAAAAAGUUAUAAAAAUAGCCUCAACAUUUUCCCUUAUCUUUGCUAUAUUAUCUGCAUUUUCAGUAAAUGCUAUUUCCAUAAUAAUACUACGAUUUUUUGUUGGUAUAUUCAUUUCGGGUCUUCUAGCAAGUGUUUUCUCUUAUGCUAGUGAAUUUCAUACACGUGAAAGCGCACCGAAGGCGGCUUCUUUUGUUUCAAUGUUUAUGCCAAUGAUUUUCAUAUAUUCCUCGGUUAUUGGCCUUUUAGUAAUACCAAUGAACUGGAGCGUUAAUCUUAUCUUCAUCAAAUUCGUUCCCUGGAGACUGUACAUCAUCCUGAUUACCUCCGUAAAUGCCAUCAAUACUUUGGCAUUUUCUUUUUUGCCAGAGAGUCCGAAGUUUUUGCUGGCAGUGAAUAAACCAGAUGAAGCUUUGGAUGUUUUGCGCAAUAUGUAUGAAAUUAAUACUGGAAAUAUAAAAGAAGGAUAUCCAGUGUAUUAUUUGAUCCCAGAGGAGAAUACAAACAAUUUAUUGGCAACGAAGGGAUUUGUGAACAUUAUGAAACUGGUGUGGAAACAAACGAAACCGAUUUUUGUACCACCAUAUUUAGACAGUACUGUUAAAUUAUGCUUCAUUGUUUUUACACUAUUUGCAGUUGGACACGGUUCGGUAAUGUGGUUGCCGGGUUUUUUAAUAGAACUUCAAAAUAAUUCGAAUAAAACGUUAUGCACUGUAGUUGGACAUGAAAGUGUGAUGCCAAGCGAACAAAACUGUGACAUAGAUAACAGUAAUACAACGACAUUCAUGAUAAUGCUUAGCAUUGGUAUAGUGUUUACUAUUUUAUCGGCUCUUAUCAGCUUCUGUUUGGAUAAAAUCAGGCCGAGAAUUUUAGUUCCUACUUGGAUCAUAAUAUCGUCUAUUGCUGCACUGGCAAUAAACUUUCUUACACAUUUUUAUUCAAUCGUUAUAACAUUCAUAACAUUUGUGAGCAGCAGUUUAUGUGCGGCCAUAGUGAGUGCGAUCUCCGUGAGCCUUUAUCCGACAAACAUUAGAGCGAUGGCAACAUGCUUCAUAUUCAUGUUUGGUCGCAUUGGAGGACUCGCAGGUGGAAAUCUUAUUGGAGUUUUAUUAGAACAUAAUUGCAGUUUGAUUUUCAAUGUUUUUGCCGCACUUUCAUUAAUAUGUGCAUUCGUUUUUCUGAUGAUAAAAAAAGAAAUUCCAACACCGAAUACAACGAACAAUUGUUCUGCAUAAUCCGAAUUUGUAGUGAACAUUUUAAAUAGUUGAUGAUAAUGCUGAUUUUAUAUAUUAUU